AUGUGUAUCGACGGCGAACAACAGAACUUAAUCGUAGAACAGCAACGGCAAGAGAUAAAACACUGCUCAAAAUAUAAAUAUCUUGGUAUGCCAUUACCAACGAUGGUAGCCUUGAUGAGGAAAUUAAGUGCAGAAACAACAACGGAAGACAAGCAAUUAGACAACUCAACAUUUAUUUUAAGGGCUAAGGCAGCAUCAAAACAAAACAAACACAAAAUUUAUUACAGCAUAGUUAAAAGCAUAAUUAGCUAUGGUAGUGAAGUAUGGUCUUUGAAAGAAAAAACUUUACUCGAACCUACAGAAAUGGACUUUUGGAGAUGCGCGGCCGGGAAACUGGAUAGAGCAAGAAAUGAAAAAAUUCGGAACAUAAUGGGCGUUAAACACAGAAUAAUAGAAGACAUCAAAAUUAACCAGCUCAGGUGGUAUGGGCACGCACAAAGAAUGGAAGAGAGCAGAAUCCCAAAGAAAAUACUCAAUUGGACAUCACAAGGCAAAAGAAAGAGAGGGAGAUAUAGACGGAGUUGGAGAGAAGGAAUAGACGGGGACAUCAGAACAAGAGGAAUAGGCGAAAACCUCUGGACAGACAGAGACCAAUGGAGACUGGAAAUCAGAAGACGGCGAAGGACAUUAUGA